CUGGGAUCAAAGGAUGGCCACUAAAAGGCGCUUAAUUGACCACCAUCUCGUCAUUGCCCACCUAGCGAGGCUGCCACUGGUCAACCUUGUUACCCGUUAGCCUUGAUGGUUUAGGCCUCCAGUCGCAGCCAUUGGAGAGCCACACGAAGGCGCAGUCCGCGUCGUCGUCACCUUUUCCAGAGGAGAAGGAUUUUGUAUAAACAUGGCGAAUCUGCAGAGUAUGUAGUCUUAUCCAUAUUUCCUUGCUCUUUCGCUCCCAUCACUCCUUCUUUGGUCUUUGGUGCUUCCUUGUUGCUUUCGAGCUGCCCCUCUCUCUCGCUGUCAGUGGAGAUCAACUCACAUCAUUUUCUGUAUCUUUAUACCGCAUCAUCAUGGGCAAGUUCAUCGGCGCCGCACUCGGCGCAGCAGCUUUGCUGGCUGCAAUUGCGCCAGCAGUAGGAACCGCCACCCCCGGUGUCGUGGGAUACAACUUUGAGAAGCGUCGAGUAGACGCUUCAGAAGCUCCUCAUCGAUUGAGACGUCGAUCCAAUACCGUCACUGCCACCCUGACCAACGAAGUCCUCCUCUAUUUCAUCAAUGUCACCGUCGGCACACCAGGACAGGCAUUUUCUCUGCAAAUCGAUACCGGAUCCUCAGAUAUCUGGUUUCCCUCCGUCGACGCGGACAUAUGCACGGAAGAGACUGACGGCUGUCCUUACGGCACGUACGACAGCAGCAAAUCCUCCACCUACUCCGAACUCGCUUCGGCACCCCAGUUCGAGAUUCAAUAUGUCGACGGCACGGAGAUUGAGGGUGAUUUCAUCUCGGAUGUUCUCAACAUCGGUUCGACCAAGCUCACAAACAUGACAAUGGCUGUCGCCACACAAGCAAACACCAGAGGAGUUGGCAUCAUGGGUAUCGGCUUUCAGUCUGGCGAAGCAGAAGCCGAGGAGGAUGACUUCACAUAUCCAAAUGUGAUCAACGUCUUGAAAAAUGAAGGCUUCAUCAAUACUCUGGCGUAUUCUCUGUGGUUGGACGAUUUGGAUGCGAAUACCGGCUCCAUCCUCUUUGGUGGCGUCGAUACCAGCAAAUAUUCCGGCAACUUGGUGGCUCUCCCGAUUCAGGUCGAUUCGGACACCGACGCUAUCGAUUCCUUCACUGUCGCAUGGACUGGUCUUACGGUGUCUGGUAGCGGUCAGGACUCAGACUUCUCACCAUCAAGCGCCCAGGCGGCUAUUCUCGACUCUGGUACCACAGACACCUUGUUGCCCGACGCCAUCGCCGAAAAGAUCUUCAAUGGUGUCGGCGUUUUGUCAGAUGAGACCUAUGGCAACGUGGUACCGUGCAAACUCGCCGAUGACGAUCUCACCUUUUCCUUCCAAUUUGGCGGUGCAUCUGGUCCUAUCGUCAACGUCAGUUUGUCCGAGUUUGUCACCCCCCUCGAGACCACCGAUGGUUCCACGCCUACCUACAAGAACGGCGAUAAAGCAUGCUCUUUCGCCAUUGAUGCCGCCGGUGAUGACCCGAUCUUGUUCGGCGACUCGUUCCUGCGAAGCGCCUACGUUGUGUACGAUCUUGAGAACCAAUUGAUCGGUCUUGCCCAGACCAACUUCAACGGUGGAAGCUCCAACGUUGUGGUUUUCUCGGCCAGCAGCAGCGGCAUUCCUGGCGUCACAUCGACCGCUACGGGUGCCAGUGUAGCCCAGACAGCGUCAGAUACCGGUAUCCCCCAGGUCACCGAGGCCACGGUCACCAACACAGGUGACGUUGGUUCCGGAGCAACGAGUCGAUCUGCCACUUUCCAUCUCUCGACUGCCACUACCACCGAUGGUAGCGGUAGCACGAGUACAGGAUCAAGCUCAUCAUCGAGUAGCAGCAGCAAGUCCGCAGCCAAUCCCAACCUGCGUGCUUCAUCGAUUGAGGGCACGACUAUUGUCGCUGCUGGUGUAGUGAUGGCUGGCCUUGUGUUUGGCAGUGGUUUGAUGUACUGGUAAGGCGCAUUGAGCUGCCUUGGCCGAAAUAUGAUUCCGAGAUUGUGGAAAGCGAUUUGUGUAUAACUGCAUAGCAGCUGGUUUAUAUAUGUAUACCCCUGCACUAGGUGGAAAUUGUGAUAUACCUAGAUAACGACGAGUAUGAAUUUGGAAAUGCCUUACGGCAUCACUGUUAUACAACGUGAAAAACAGCUCUUAUUUUCGCAGUAUAAUUGCAAUCC